CCACACUCCGGCUCCAAGCCGACGGGAACGUGUAUUGGCCCCGAAUCUGGCUGUAGCUUACGCGGGGUUUCCAUUCCCAUUUCUCAAUCUUCAAGCUUUGGAUAACUCAAAUAUCUUUAACUAUUUGCUGGCGCAUUCAAUAUUGGGACCAAUUCUACUGACUAUCUUACAUCUUUGGCUAUCCUUCUGCAACCAUUUGAGAGUGCUGUGUCUUGUGAACCUUCCUGUUGUGAGAAACGCUUGUACUAUACAGUCCUAGUUCUUUAUAUUUUGAUUCAAGAUGACUUUCAAGAACAAGUACACCGAUAUUAUUGUGGAAAUCAAGGGCCAGAUUGGUAUCAUCAAGUUCAAUCGCCCUAAAGCCCUUAACUCGUUUGGUGGAAACCUGAUCCAAGACACUGUUGGUGCCAUCCGGGAGCUCAAUGAGCAUCCGGACACUGUCUUUACAGUACUCACUGGCGAGGGACGUUUCUUCUCCUCCGGCGCAGAUGUGAAGGCCCAUGGCACCGGCACGCCCCAGCAAUUCAACAGCCUUCACGAGAAGAAGCUCUCUUUUCUUCAGGGCUUCCUCCCCACUUAUGAACUCCUCCGAUCCAUCAUCGACCAUAAGAAGGUUUUCGUCCUCGCUAUGAACGGCCCCGGCGUCGGCGGAGGUGCCGCUUGGGUCCAAGGUUUCGCCGACAUCGUCCUCGCCGCCGAGGGUGCAUAUAUGCAGGUCCCUUUCUCCGCACUCGGCCUUGUUCCCGAGAACGGAAGCGCGAUCGGGUUUUCACAGCACAUCGGUGUGCACCGGGCGAACGAUUUCCUCAUGUUCGGACGGCAAGUGACCGUGCAGGAGAUGGAGCAGUGGGGAAUGGUAAACCGCAUCUUCCCGAAGGAGGGCUUCCAUGCCCACGUGGUGAAGUUCUUGGAGGAUCAGCUGGAUGUCAAUGAUGGGAAGAGCAUGAUAGAGAUGAAGAGGUUGCAAAAUGCGCCGCUGAGGGAUGGGAGGAUUGUGGCCGUCACCAACGCGAUGGAUGCGUUGUCCGAGAGGUUCGUCGAGGAUGCGCCGGCCGCGAGAUUUGCGGCCAAGAAGAAGCUUUUGGAAUCCAAACGCGGAUCUAAAAUCUAAAGGAAUCAACUAAUCCAAAGUUUCACCACUUACGAGAGCGGGUCUUCUAUAAUUAAAAUACUUGUUGAAUAGCAGCUUACGGCAAUUACGGAACAUCUGCCGAAUUAUUUGCCUACUGGUGGAUCGCAUACAUCUAUUUCAGACGCGAACGAAUCCGAGUUAGGAUCCUUGCAAAUCCAGCCCUAAUUAACUACCCCAGGUUAAUCUUCAAGCCUCUUGGACGCGUAUAUUUCCCAGUCGAUUGUUCAUUAGCCUCGAUCUAUCUUUCUCAAAUUCAUUUGUUUCCAUCUACCUACCUGGACAUUCAUUUAGGGCUCCGACAGCCG